AUGGGAGGUUGGGGAUGUUCAUGUUCUUCAACUCGCCUUAUAAGUUCAGUCAACUCAGAAGAGUACCCUAUUCAAGGAAAUGAGAUAAAGCCUACCAGACGUGAGCGAAUGAAAAUCGCAUCUCGGUAGCUUAGCUGAGAGCUUAUAGCUGCUAAAUAAAGUUUUUUUUGAGAGAAAAAAUCAACCAAUCAGAGGGUUAGUAGAAAAAUUUACUAAAGUUGACUUUCGUGCAAACCUCAUCACACAAUAAUCAUAUUAGACUUAUUUCUUGAAGAACUAAAACAGCUCUCGUAUUAGACACUCGCAAAGGGUCACCGCAUGAUGAGGAAGAAGCUUCGUGCGACACCGAGAUACUUACUAUGUAAAAUGUUUUCACUAACAACAUCUUGGCGUCCUCGUUUUUUUCAUAGAUCUCCCCCCCGUCCGUGUUCACGACCCUACAUCUCCUCUUCUCCUCGCCCCCGUCAAGGCUGGUGAUGCUCCACAUAUACAGCAGAAAUUCUCUUCCUCGGACUACAUCUUGCUCAGUGGAAGUCUAUGAAACAUGCUGUCAGUUGUUUGGUUGAUCCCAAGUCUAGAUUGUGUCUAAAUGGAAGAGUUUUUUCUCGUAAAGUAAAAUGCUCAAUACCACAAGCAUGACAGCAGCACCAAGAUCCUCUUCCCUCCCCCAGUGAUGGUAAAUAAGAUAAGUUGACUUAUUAUAGAAGCUGCAGAUUAUUGUCAUCAGCCAGCACUGUCUCCACCAUUACCAUUCAAAGUCAGUGGUGUGGAAGUGAGACCAAAAUGAGGUUAUGCUCCAAACUUUUUUUCUUUAUCAAUCAUAUGUAUGUCGUAUAA